AUGGAAUUCAGAGACCAGCCGUUCCUAUGCCUUUGCUUGGGCUUGAUCUUCGUAUUGGGAGCUUGGGUUCCGCAGGCUACGAGUCGUAAUUUUCAGGAAGCAUCAAUGUACGAGCGGCAUGAAGAAUGGAUGGCUCGUUAUGGGCGUGGGUACAAGGACGCCAGUGAGAAGGAGAAGCGCUACAAUAUUUUCAAGGAAAAUGUGGCCCGCAUCGAGGCUUUCAACAAGGCCAAUGACAAACCUUACAAGCUAGGCGUCAAUGCAUUUGCUGAUCUCACAAACGAAGAGUUCAAAGCCACCAGAAACAGAUUCAAGGGCCAUAUGUGUUCUCAGUUAACAAAAACAGCUUCGUUUAAGUAUGAAAACAUCACUGCAGUUCCAGCUUCUAUGGAUUGGACAAAGAAGGGCGCUGUCACACCCAUCAAGGACCAAGGCCAAUGCGGAUGUUGUUGGGCAUUUUCAGCAAUUGCUGCUGUUGAAGGAAUUCAUGAGAUAACAACUGGGAAAUUAGUAUCUCUCUCAGAGCAAGAGCUGGUAGAUUGUGACACCAAGGGCGAGGAUGAAGGCUGCAAUGGUGGUUUAAUGGACGACGCCUUUAAAUUCAUCAUACAGAAUCAUGGGAUAGCUUCAGAAACAACCUACCCUUACCAGGGAGUCGAUGGGAAAUGCAGUGCAAGCAAGGAGAACAGUGAUGCAGCCAAAAUAACGGGCUACGAGGAUGUGCCAACAAAUAGCGAAGCAGCCCUAUUGAAGGCAGUGGCUAAUCAACCGGUUUCUGUUGCCAUUGAUGCCAGCGGCUUUGACUUCCAGUUUUAUUCGAGUGGUGUGUUUACAGGCCCCUGUGGAACUGAGCUAGACCAUGGGGUUACUGCUGUUGGCUAUGGAGCGAGCAGCGAUGGCACCGAGUAUUGGCUGGUGAAGAACUCAUGGGGCACAGCAUGGGGCCAAGAAGGAUACAUUAUGAUGCAGAGAGAUAUUGCUGCCAAGGAAGGCCUUUGCGGUAUAGCCAUGGAAGCCUCUUACCCCACUGCUUAAAAUAUUAUUAGAAUCGAAAUCGAAAGGCCGGCGCCUUCUAUUGCAAUUCCUGUAUGUAGAAUACUACUCUUUAUAUAUGCAUCCUGUAUUGUCGCCAUUAUUGUUUCUUCAGAA